AUGUGGGCAGCAAAUAUAUCUGCUUCUGAAUCUAUCUGGCAACCACUUGAUUGGACAAAUGGCCCGUUGGCCCUAUUUCAAAAAACAAAAAAUAUUCAGUUCUCCAUCAACCCAAUGGUUACUGGAAAUUUAUUUGAUGAUAUGAUUGUUGAUGGACAGUCAACAAUAAAUCAACGUUUACCGAGAGGGACACGACCACUAAACGAAACAGAUGAUUUGUAUAUUGGUUUGGAUCUGGUCGAUGUACAGUACAUUAGUGAAUUUAAAACACUGGCGCUGGCCCGAUGGGCACGAGAUGAUCCGAGAGGGGGAAAUUUAACGAAACAAGAACGACGACUGUUACUCCAUCAAUAUGCUUUGGAAUUAGCUCCCAAUUCCAAGUCGAAAAAUGAAAAUAAUUAUGCUGACACAGUUAUAUGGUCAGAUGUGACAUACUAG